AUAUGCAUUUAUUCCUUUCUUUUAGAAUUAAGUUGGGAGAAGUGAGUAAUCUGUAUUAUCGACCUCGGAAGUUCUUUCAUUGUGUAGCAGACAUGCAUGAAAGAUUUAACGACACUGCACGUACACACGCAUCGAGUGAUCAAUGAUGAUACGAUAGGCAUAGUAGGUAUUUGCGAUAGUGCUGCCGCUUUAUCAUCUGGAUGCCGCCAUACGAACUAAUUAACCUCGCAUCUAUCUUACUGUCAUCCAAAGUCAAAAAGAUUUGUAUGUAGAUUUAAUGUAAGCAUUUAGUUUUUAAGAACAAUGUAAAUAAAUUCAAGCACUAAGUAUUUAUAGAAGUGGGGCGGAGGUGCAUCAUAGGAUAUUUUAAACUUGAUUUGCCAUAUAACCGAACAUGUCUGGGCAAUCCCAUCAAUUUCCCUCGGGUUUUCCAAAUCCACAACAGAACCCAAUGCGUAGUCAAUUUGGUGGAGGGCAAAUGGUAUCUGGACUGAUGGGUCCUCAACAAGGUAAAAUCAAAAUAAGUAUGGUAAGUGCUCAGCAAUUUGGCGGAGGAGUAGGAGCGGCAGUUGGUCCAACUGCAUUAGGAAUGUUAAAUGCCCAGCAAGUAAUGGCACAGCAGCAACCGAUGCAGCAACAACUUCAGCAUCAACAGCAAAUGCAUUUGCAGCAGCAACAACAGGCUGCCUUGGUUCAACAAAAUAAUCAAGCUAGUGGGACACCCACAACAGCUCAAAUACCAGUUCCUCAAUCUCAGCCUCCUGUACAGAGACAACCAAAUAGAGAUUUAAAUACAGCGAGUCUUUGUAAAUUGGGACAAGAAACAGUUCAAGAAAUUGUCUCUAGAAUGCAGGAACUUUUUCAAACUUUAAAAAUUAUUCAACCGCCCAAUGGUACAUCUCAAGGACAAAAUUUAUCAAACGAAAAGAAAAUGAAAGUUCAGGAACAAUUAAGAACGACGAGUUUACUUUUUAAGCGUUUAAGGGUUAUAUAUGAAAAAUGUAAUGAAAAUUGUCAGCUUCAAGGCAUGGAAUACACUCAUAUCGAGAGUUUAAUUCCAAUUAAAGAAGAAUGGGAUAUGAAAUCUGAUGAAAAAAAGGCUUCGGAGGCUUAUAGACUUGCAUGCGAAGAGCAUAAGGAAGCAAUGGAGCAACUAGUAUUGAAAAAUAGGCAUCUCAAAGAAAUCAUCGAUCAUCUAAGACGUAUUAUCUCAGAAAUAAAUACAAUGAUGAGCAUGCGCCGCUCUUAAGUAGACCAAAUGUAAAUAAUAUACCUAUAUUAAUUAUAAUACGUUAUAUAAUAAAAUUUUUACACAAAUCGCA